AUGUACUUCCACAUGGCUCUUCCCCAAUCACCUCCUUAUUACUCUCGUUUUGAUCACUGUGGAUUUCUCGAGGUGGAUGGAGAUGAGCUGAACACGGCGAGACUCCAGGUUCGACUCGUCGAGUCGCCCACGCGAGAAGCACUACUUCACAAGCGAAAGCCUGGUAUCACCUCUGAAUUUGGUCACCAGUUCGAUGCCACAACCCUCUUGUCAGAUCUCCAUCGUCUUGCCCCAUCACUCGCCAAAGAUGUCAUCUCCAAGGAUCUCGUGGACAAUGCUUUUCCCCUCCGGCUCAUCAACGAUGUACAUUAUCAAAGUGAGGAAGAAGGCUACAUAGCGAUAAGCUAUUGCUGGAAAAAGGUCACGCCAAACACUCCGCUCAGAGUGGUAACUCCUGUUGGGGAUCUGCCUUUUGGUUGGACAAAGGAAAUCGAGCAAUUUCCCCUGCCGACCAGUCCUGCCAUCUUCCGAGCAGCUCUACAAGAAAGACAGCCAGGCGAAGGACUGUGGUACGACCAAGUAUCUAUCAACCAAGAUAACGACAUCGAGAAGGCGGCAACCAUUGGAGCCAUUGACACCAUCUACAGGAAUGCGAGGACGGUUGUUGUGGCGUUGGACGACGUGUCCAUUACAGUGGAUGAAGAACGAUAUCUGCGGUAUUACGUUGAAAUGUACUAUCAAUCUGCACUGCCCUCAGAUCAACAACCCCAUCUUGGUAUGGAACCACCCUUCAUGCAGCGGAAUAGCAUCUUCAGAUCGUGCUUUGAACGAAUUUUGAGUUCAGAGUGGUUCGAGCGUGCUUGGUGUGCACACGAGAUGAGAAUGGGACAGAGCCAUGUCUUCCUCGUUCCUUGUACUACACUCUACGAAGAUGGGUUCUCGACAAUCUUUCGAUUCACAUCGUCCUUCUUCCAACACAUGAUUGUGCUUGCCAGCGAGCUGGGCGAUCUUGCACCAGCUGUCCACUAUCGAACACGGUGCUUUAGCCGUGCAAAAUUACGAUGCGCCCUCGGCUACACCAGAGGAGUGUUCGUUGACCUCACUGAUUAUGGACACAUUUAG